AUGGAAGCAAGAACCUGCCGAUACCGCAUCACCGCCGGCGCUUUCAAGCUUACCCGUGUCUUCGGCACUGAGGAGCGCCACCGCGGUAUGGCCGCAUUUGGUUAA